AUGAGAAGUAUUGAAGAACAAAAAUCAAGAAAGAAUCUUUAUUAUAUUUAUGAUGACAUAGGAGAUACUUUAAAGUGUAAUAAAUAUCUAUGCAAAUGGAUAACAUCGAUGAUAUCAGCGGAUGAGUUAUAG